AUGUCCUCGCGAGAUUUCGUCACGCUUUCGUCGGAGCUUCGAAAAAGAGGCGAAGACAAGACAGAAGAGGAUUUAACGAUGGAAUGGAAGCGUUUUCAUCGACAAGUGGCCACUGCCAUGUCUUCUUGGUUCCUCGGCUUGCUAACAGUUAGCGUGGUACUCCACGUCUCCUCCGGAGCUCAUCAGCGGAGCCUCUCACCAGACAACCUUCUGGUCAUCACGGCUGCGACAGAGGAGACGGACGGAUUUGUGCGCUUCAUGAGGACGGCCAAAGAGUUCAACUACACUGUGAAGGUUCUCGGUCUGGGGGAGGAGUGGAAAGGAGGCGACAUUGCUCGAACGGUGGGCGGAGGGCAGAAGGUGCGCUGGUUGAAGAAGGAGCUUCCCAAGCACGCCAAGCAGGAGGACACGGUGGUCAUGUUUGUGGACAGUUAUGACGUGAUCUUCGCCUCGGGUCCUGAAGAACUAUUGUACAAGUUCAAACGCUUGGGGCACCGCAUCGUGUUCUCCGCCGAAGGCUUCUGCUGGCCCGACCAGAGGUUGGCUCCAAAGUACCCCGCCGUGCAUUCUGGGAAACGCUACCUCAACUCAGGCGGUUUUAUUGGCUUCGCAUCGGACAUCAACGCUAUGGUCCAACAAUGGAAGUUAAAAGACGACGAUGACGACCAGCUUUUCUACACCAAAAUCUACUUGGACCGGAACCAGCGGACCAAACUCAAUAUGACACUGGAUCACCGCUCCAGAAUCUUCCAGAACCUCAACGGCGCUGUCGAUGAAGUGGUCCUCAAGUUCGAGAAGGCCAGGGUCCGUGUCAGGAACGUCGCAUAUGACACGCUUCCCGUUGUCAUCCAUGGCAACGGACCCACCAAGCUGCAACUCAACUAUUUGGGAAACUACGUCCCGACGGCUUGGACUUACGAAGAGGGUUGCGGCAACUGCGACGACGACCUGAUCUUUUUCGAUGAAGUCGAUGACCCGGACAUGCCGCUGGUGCACGUAGCCGUGUUCAUCCACCACGCCACGCCCUUUAUGGAGGAAUUCCUGGAGCGGCUGACCACGCUGAACUACCCGCUGACCCGCAUCCGUCUCUUCAUCCACAACAAUGUGGUUUACCAUGAGCGCCACAUUCACGCGUUCUGGCAGCGUCACCGCACCCUCUUCCCCGACACAGUGCUCGUCGGACCAGAAGAGGACCUGUCGGAGGACCGGGCCCGCAAGAUGGCUGCGGAGGCGUGUCGGAAGGAUUCCCGUUGCGAUUACUACUUCAGCAUCGACUCAGAUGUUGUCAUAACCAACCCUGACAUCCUCAGGAUCCUCAUGGAGGAGAACAAGUCCGUUAUCGCUCCCAUGCUAUCCAAACCAGGGAAGCUGUGGAGCAACUUCUGGGGUGCCCUGAGUGCCGAAGGCUACUACUCCAGAUCUGAAGACUACAUCGAAAUCGUUCAAGGGAAGAGGAUCGGUCUUUGGAACGUUCCGUACAUGUCCCAGGCCUACCUUAUGAAAGGCAGCGUGCUGCGCUCCAAACUGUCCAAGGUCAACCUGUACGAGGAUCCCAGUUUGGACCCGGACAUGGCGUUUUGUCGCAGGGUCCGAGAACAGGGAGUGUUCAUGUUCGUCUCCAACCGCGAUGACUUUGGCCGUCUGGUGUCGUCCAACAACUUCAACACGUCCAGGCUGCACCCGGACAUGUGGCAGAUCUUCGACAAUCCUCUGGACUGGAGGGCCAAGUAUGUCCAUGAGAAUUACUCCAAGAUCUUUGAGGACCAGAAGAGGUUCGUGGAGCAGCCGUGUCCAGAUGUGUACUGGUUCCCAGCCUUCUCGGAAAAGAUGUGCGACCAUCUGGUAGAGACCAUGGAGGACUACGGCGAGUGGUCCGGCGGCAGGCACAAGGACGAGCGUCUGGCUGGUGGCUAUGAAAACGUCCCUACUGUGGACAUCCACAUGAACCAGAUCGGGUUUGAGAAGGAAUGGCUGAAGUUUCUCAAAGAGUAUAUUUCCCCCAUCACGGAAAAGCUCUACCCAGGAUAUUCCCCUAAGUCUCAGGCGAUCAUGAACUUCGUGGUGCGCUACCGUCCCGACGAGCAGCCGUCUUUGCGGCCGCAUCACGACUCGUCCACUUUCACCAUCAAUAUCGCUCUGAACAGCAAGAACGUAGACUAUCAGGGCGGAGGUUGCCGGUUCCUGCGUUACGACUGCAACGUGGAGUCUCCCAGGAAAGGCUGGUCCUUCAUGCACCCCGGCCGCCUGACUCACUACCACGAGGGUCUUCCCACCACCAGCGGAACCAGAUACAUCAUGGUGUCUUUUGUUGACCCCUAG